AUGGGUAAUUUUAAAGAAGAUACUCUUAAUAUUGACUUGAAUAAAAAAGUAAUAUUACUAAGUGAAUAUGAUGAAUUCUUAACUUUAUAUAAACAACGAAGUGAGGUACUUAAUAAUGACUAUAAACUUCAUAAUAAAUUUCGUCGUGAAAGUGAAAAUAAUUGGAGGAAAUUUUUAAAUUAUAUAAUACAAUCAAUACAUAAUUUUUUUUUAAAUGAGUCAUUUACUGGAAUUCGUUAUUUGAAAUAUAUAAAGUGGAGUUUUAAUUUAAUUAUGUGUGAUAUAUUUUGUGGUCUUGCAGAAGCUGCACUUGCAAUUCCUCAAGGAUUAUCUUAUGCAUCAUUAAUAAAUGUUUAUCCAUAUAUGGGACUUUAUAGUGGAAUUAUACAACCUCCUUUAUAUUUACUUAUUGGCUCAUCUAUUUUUGUAUCAAUUGGAGUAAAUUCUGUAGAAGCUAUAUUAGCAUCAAGUGCAAUAGAUAAUCUUAUUAAUAGUAAUACUUUAACAGCUACUCGCUCUAGUGUUUUAUCUCUCAUAAUAUUUUUUCAUGGAAUAUCUUGUUGUAUAUUACGUUUAUUUGGUAUUUCAGUAUUUGUAGAUCUUUUAUCAGAUCCCAUAUUACAAGGCUUUUUAUCAGGUGUAGCCUUAUCAGUUAUUAUUAAAGAAAUUCCAUUAAUGCUAGCUUUGAAAAUUGAUAAUACUAAUAAUAUUCCUUUAUAUUCAAUAAUUUUAGUAUUUAAGUAUAUAAAUACAACAAGAUGGCAAGCUAUAUUAUUUUCUAUAUGUACUAUAAUAUUUUUAGAACUAAUAAUUUGGAUUAAGAUCUAUUUUAAAUCUAAUAUACCGAUCCCUUCUCAAUUAUUAAUUGUUAUAAUUACUAAUUUAAUUAGUGCUUUUACAAAUCCUCAAAUCCCUGUAAUAGGUUUUAUAUCUGAAAAUAAUACUCUAAUAUCUCCUAAUAUUUUAUGGAAUGGACCUCAAAUAUAUAAUUUAAGAUCUUCAUAUAAUUUACCAUUUUUUAUUCAAGUUUGGAUAGCAUCUUUACCUAUGACUUUGAUAUCAUUUUUAUCUCAUUAUUCAAUAGCUAAAAGUGCUGAGAAGACUUAUUUAAAAAGAGAUAUGAAUAAUGUGACAUGUAAUAAUGACGUGAGUACUUUAGAAUUAACCUUAUCAACUUCUAUUAAUGAAAGUAAUAAUAUAAGUUUUAAUUCACUAUCUCCUAGAAUUCAAUCUCUAAGUGAAUGUUUAUCUAAAUCACUUGGUGAUAUUGAACCUGUUGAAAUAUCUUCAAUUACUAAUAGAGAACCAAUAAAUAGUGAAGUAAAUAUACAAUUAACCUCAAAUAAAGAUGAGUUGAAUGAUAGGAAAUAUACUAGAGAAGAUUCAGAUAAUACUAAUUUUAAAAUAGAUACAAAUAUUCAAUAUUCUUCCAAUAGAUCUCAAAAUAUAAAUUUAUCUCCUGAUUCACUAUUUUUAGCUCGUACAGAAAUUCUUGCAUUGGGAAUAAUAAAUAUAAUUGGGUCUUUUUUUCAUUGCCUUCCGGGAGCUGCAUCUUUAGCUAGAACUAAUCAGAAUUGUAUUUUUAAAAUAAAAACACCUUUACAUAAUUUAUCUUAUUGUACAGGAGUAUUAUUGGUUACUUUAUUACUUCUCAAAUAUAUAAGAUAUCUUCCAGAAGCUGUAUUAGGAGCUAUAAUAACACAUGCAAUGUGUAGAAUAAUUGAUUUUUCUUAUGUUUUAAAUUUAUAUAAAGUAAGAAGUAUAGAUACUAUAUUUUGGAUUGUGGCAUUUAUAGGGACAAUAAGUACAGGGAUAAUAUAUGGGAUAAUAUUUUCCUUAUUUCUAUCAACUAUUUAUUUAAUAAGAUUCUUACAUCGUCCUAAAAUUAAUAUUUUAGGCAGGCUUCCGGGAACUUUAUUAUUUAAGAGUAUAAACAAAUUCCCCCAAGCCUUAGAAUUUCCUUAUAUUAAAAUUAUUAGAUUUGAAGGUCCUUUAUCUUACAUUAAUAUUAGUCAUUUUAUUACCCAAAUAGAAAAUAUUAUUCAGAAUUGGUUAAAUAAUAAUGAGGAAGCUAAUUUUAAAAUUAAAAGUUAUGAUACAUUUAAGACUACUGAUUUUCAGUAUGAUCAUUUGUCAUCUUUUUCAAAUUUAAAUUAUAAUUCUGAAGAUAUGAUAAAGAAGAAGAUAUUAAACAAAAUUGUAGAUCGAAUUGUUAUCAUUGAUGCCUGUAUGAUUAGUGAUAUUGAUUAUACUGCUAUAGAAUCCCUAAGAAAUCUUCAAUACAAAUUAUCUAGAUGUAAAGUAAAGAUAUGGUUUGCUUCAUUUAACCAUAAAAACUCUAAAUUUUUAUUAAGAUCAGGAUUUUAUGAUAUUAUUCCACUUGUAAAUUGCUUUGUAGAUUUGUCAGAAGCAAUAGCAGCUGCUCAAUCUUAUAUUUAUGGGGACUUUUGUUUAAGUCAUUGA